AUGAUAAACACAACAUGCUAUGUCACAGACCAAACUGGACCUGCUCUAAAGCCUGAUAACAUGCAACAGCCUAUAGAUACCACUUUACCAAAUGCAUUCCCCAAUGGUGGGUCAUCACUUCACCAACGCCAGCAAACAGCUGUUGAUAUCUCUGCUCAUGCCAGAAGGAUUGAUGUACCACCAAGCGUACUGUUGGCUCAGGUUUCAAAUGUGGGAAUGAUACAAGGAAUGAAUGGGGGGAUGAUCAAAUCCGAAGUUGGAUAUGUCAGAAAUUCUUAGUACUUGUUUGGUGCUGAUGGCAGUGUCUUGGAAACACGUCCUGCUAUUGGGGAUGCUUUAUAUUCAUCUUUCAGCAGCAUAGAGUCUAAUUCGCAACCACUGAAUGGAACAAUCCUGGAUGCCAAUGUCUCUUCAAUUGGACUUUUAGGACAGAUACCUCAAAACUUCAGUCUAUCAGACUUGGCAGCUGACUUUUCUAAUAGUUCGGAUAUAUUGGAGAGCUACUCUAGGUCACCCUUCCAGGAAGCAGGUACAGACAAUUACUUCGAUCCAAGUGAUAGGGGAGACCACCAAGGUAAGAUUCUUUCCAUUUGACCUUGUUCUCUAUUCAGGAGGGUAAAUGAUUAUUGUGCCCUGGCCCGUCAGGAGACGGUAAGAGGUUGGACACUAUAUCAGAAGGCUUCAGUUAUGAAGAUUUUGGCAGUGAUUGAUUGAAUAAUCUAAAUGUAUCUGUGCUGUUUCU